AUGAGUUCAGAAGGAAUUAAAAAGGUUUUAGAGGCUGAGUGUGAAGCUAAGAAAUUAAUUGAAUUUACUGAGUUGGAGGCUAAAAAACUAUCAAAUGUUGCUGAACUUGAAGCAAAAAAUGAAGCAAUUUUAUUAGAAAAAGAAUGUGAAGAAUCUUUAUUAAAAUAUAAAAAUGAAUUAAAUGAAGAUCUUAAAACAUUUAAAAUAAAAAUUGAUGAUGAAUUAAAACUAGAAAAAGAGAGAAUUAAUAGUUUAGAUGUUGAAAGUUUAAUUGAAAAUAUAUUUGAUAAAAUUAAAUAA